CAACUCUAUAGUUAAGUCAUACCAUAUGCACCUCUUUCACAAUGAUAUCCAGUAAAACCUACAUGAUUAUGCCGGAAUUAAAGUACUUCCUGGUCGCCUUCUACAGACGUCUACACCCCCAGCAAAAAAUUAAAACCUCCCAACGAUACGUAUACCUGAAUCAGAUUGUGGUUAAAAAUCACUGUCUUAAAACAGGAAACUAUAUUUCACUUAAAAGAUCUUUGAUGAACACCCGAACCUCUUAAAGUUUAUAUAUAGGAGUAAACUUUGAACAACGCGGCCUCCAAUUCAAGCUGACCUCCACUGGGGCAAAUGAAGAAAGAUAGCUUGGAUACUCCUAACGAAAUUCCUUGGAGAAACGUAGAUUCGUAUAUAGAUACUUGAAUUGGGAUUUUUAUGCAAAGCUCAGACUGGCGUGAAAACAAGGCCAAUAUAACAAAGCUUGUUGAAAGACGAUAUUACAUUUUGGGUCGAGAGUAGCUUUCGCUAUAUAACGACAGGAACAUAUAAGAGCAACUACAUGUCGAAAUCUCCAAGAUGGUUGCAUUUGGUGUGUCUUGGCGCUCUGUUUGCAGUUGUGUUGGGUGAUGACAGUGCAAAAGAGUAUGAACGGUAUGACGGAUGGUUUAAUAAUCUCGCUAACCCUUCGUGGGGAACCGUUGGCUCCCCUCUGUCAAGAGUAUCUCCUCCUGUUUACGAAGAUGGUGUCUACCAACCCUCAGGAGCAGAUCGCCCCAAUCCCCUAAUGAUUAGUAGCACGUUGAUGUCAGAUGACGCCACCAGAUCACGAAAAUCAUUCCGUAAUGCUUCUGUAAUGAUGGUCUUUUUUGCUCAACAUGUUGCUCACGAGAUCGUGGACACCAGUCAGCCAGGAUGUCCCCCAGAGUACAUGAACAUCCAUGUUCCAAAAGGCAAAAAGAAGUAUGAUUAUGAAUACAUUCCAUUCUCUCGAUCAAACUAUCACUCCGAUAGUGGACAAUCACCAAAUACACCGAGACAACAGAUCAACGAAGCCACGCCAUGGCUAGACGGUGGUGCGAUUUACGGAACAUCGAAGGCGUGGACAGACAGCUUACGUAGUUUAAAAGAUGGAAAAUUAACAGCAAACAAAAUGGGCGACUGGCCAAUGGAAAAUAGCAUGGGAUUGCCAAUGAGUAAUCCUGCUAUACCAUCUAUUCAUAAGAUAAAGGAUGCAAAAAGAUUGUUAAAACUGGGCAACCACAGAGGCAACGAGAAUCCAUUCUUACUUUCCCUCGGAAUAUUGUGGUUUCGUUAUCAUAACAGAAUGGCAGACGACAUAAAGACGAAACAUCCUGACUGGAAUGACGAUAAAAUAUUCAACGAGGCACGAAAAUGGGUCAUUGCAACUUAUCAGCACAUAGUUCUCUAUGAAUGGCUGCCAGCAUUCUUAAGCCCAAGACAUACCAACGAAACAUUACAGAAAGACUACCCCUACAAAGGUUACAAGAACUCGGUUCAUCCAGGAGUCAGCCAUAUGUUUCAGUCAGCUGCGAUGCGUUUUGCCGAAACCAUGGUGCCAUCGGAUAUUGUAAAGAUAUACCCUGGCGACUGUGACUAUUCUGGAAAUAAAUACAACCGUUGGCGACUGUGCAAUAAAUAUUGGAAUUCUGAGGAAGUCAUUCAAAUGGAGGACAAAAAAGACAGCGAUCAUGUGAAACCAAUACUUUAUGGAAUGGUUAAUCAAAAAGCAGAGAGGGAAGACAGUAUUUUUGUUGAAGAUCUACAAAAAUUCGCCUAUGGUCCCUUGGAGCACUCACGACGUGAUCUAGCAGCAGUCACGAUUCAACGUGGAAGAGAUCAUGGUUUACCUGACUACAACACUGCAAGAAAGGCUUUCAAUUUACAUCCUGUUGGUAGUUUCGAAGCUAUUAACAAUGAUACUAAAGUUGUGCCUGCAAAGGUGCUUGAAAGGAUUUCAAAGCUUUAUGACAGCGACAUAAACAACAUUGAUAUCUGGGUUGGAGGAAUGUUGGAGUCUGGAAAAAGUGGACCAGGAGAGUUGUUUGCAAAGAUAAUCUUAGACCAAUUUCUCAGAUUACGAGAUGGAGAUAGGUUUUGGUAUGAGAACUACAAACAAACAGGACAUUUCACAAAGGAAGAUGUGGAUAAAAUUAAGAAAACAACAUUUAAAGAUGUUAUUAAAACUGUAACAAACAUAAAAGACAACCAGUUGCAAGAUGAUGUCUUUUUUGUUACAAAAGCAAAAUGCCCAGUAAAGGAGUCACCAUUAAAAGAAGACUGUAAACCAUUAAAGACAUAUGACUAUUUCAGUGGAAGUGAAGUUUCUUUUGCAUUGACAUUUCUCCUGGUUGGAUUGUUACCAUUUAUUGCAGGCGGUGUUCUACUAGGUCUCGCUAAAUAUCGAAAUAACAAGGUGCAAAAACAAAUAUCCCUCUCACGUAAGAAAACUAUGAAAAAAAGCGUUCACUGUGAUGACGAGUGGAGAUUCGCAGCAAUCGAGUGGGAAGGCACCACGGCUUCUCGUGUAGUUAGUGUCAGACUUGGUCCUGGAACAUUUAUCAGAGUUUUAUCAAAAAGGAACCAAAUCUUACGAAUAAUCAACUUGAAACAUAUGACGUGGGUCACAGCUGUUCGACAGAGCGAUAGAGAACAGAGUGUUUUAUCUUUGAGAGUACAAAGAGAAUAUGAUUUGGUGCUUACAUUUAAUGAUGUUGGAGAACGAGAAAACUUUGUUCGGCAUUUGAAAUCAUUCAUUGCCCAAGAAUCGUUAAACCUUGAUGUACAAGAACACUAUUUGAAAGGAAGGGAACUGUUUGCAACUGCAGUCACACGCGAGGCCAGACAACAACAACUGGAGAAAUUCUUUAGAGCUGCAUUUGCAAGAGCAUUUGAUCUCGAUUGUUUUGAGAACUGCCGGAACUUCAAGUUAAGUGCCAACGAAAUAAAGGAGAUUUUAGCAUGCGAGCUGUCACAGACGGAGUUCGCGGACGCCUUGGGCAUGCAGGCAACUUCACCAUUCGUUGAGCAAAUGUUCCAGUUGGCUGAUAAAGAUUGUAAUGGUUACAUAUCAUUCCGAGAAUUUCUUGACAUCAUGUUUAUCUUUGCAAAAGGCACUCCAGAAGACAAGCUCAAGCUCUUCUUUGACAUGUACGAUGUGACAGGAGAGGGAAAACUCGACAAAGAUGCCUUUAUAAGAAUGAUGAAGUCAUUUAUGGAUGUCGUCAGUGCAAGCGUGGACCCCACUCACUUAGACCAACUCGUUGAUUCAAUGUUCAAGCUUGAGGGAGAAGACGAAAAACAGUUUCUAUGUUUUGAAGAUUUCUGUGCCAUUAUGAUGGAUUUAGAUGAAAAGGACGGUUUGCUCUUCGAGGUUAACAACGUGUUUAAGGGUGCAACAGACACGAUUGCUGCCCACGCGAAGUCACCCAAAAAGAGCAAGAGUGCGCCAAUCGACACUUUGAAGAGACAAACUGAAACUCUGUCGAGAAAACGACUUGGAACUAUCGUAACCGGUCAAAGGCUUGGUGUAAAAUCUCCACCAAUAGGUGCAGCAUCUCCUGGCAGAUCUGGUUUCACCCUUUCUCAAGAAAUGAACGUUGAAUUAGCUCCAUACCAUAUCAGACAGUGGGUGACAUUAACACGCUAUAUUGAGAACCACAGACAACAUAUAUUUAUCCUCACUUUUUACACGUUGUUGGUCAUUGGAGCAUUCACACACACAGCGUAUGAGUACUCAGUUCUUAAAGAGACCUCAGGUGUUCGUCGUGUUGCAGGAUAUGGUGUUAGUGUAACCCGUGGGGCAGCAACGGCAAUGUCAAUCACCUUUUCAACUCUCUUAUUAACUAUGAGCAGAAACACUCUCACCUUCCUACGCGAAACGCAAGCCAUGAACUGGAUACCCUUUGACUCUGCGAUAGCAUUUCAUAAAUAUGUCGCAGUCUUGGCUUUAUUUUUCACAGCUUUGCAUGUUAUUGGUCAUGCGAUAAACUUCUAUCAUUUCUCGACCCAGUCACCAAUUACUAUGACCUGUUUAUUGCGAAACGACUUUCACAGGACUCACGUUCUACCAACAUUUACUCAUUACUGCUGGCAAACAGUCACAGGUCUUUCUGGAGUGUUUCUAUGCGUGGUAAUCGCCGUAUUGUAUGUUUUUGCGACUCAAUAUUCACGAAGAAAUGUCUUCAAGUUUUUCUGGUGGACGCAUCAACUCUACUUCGCAUUGUAUGCGCUAACAAUCAUACACGGUAGCGCUCAUCUUGUCCAAGCCCCUCUGUUUCACGUCUUCUUCAUCGCUCCAGCGGCGUUGUUUGCGAUUGACAAACUGAUAAGUAUGUCGCGAAAAAAAGUCGAGAUCCCAGUGGUUAAAGCUGAGCUUCUACCUUCAGAUGUUACCCAUCUACAGUUCAAACGACCAGUGAAUUUCAACUAUAAAUCUGGUCAAUGGGUGCGAAUCGCCUGUCUUGAUCUGGGAGGUUCGGAGUAUCACCCAUUCACAUUGACCUCUGCACCUCAUGAAGAAAAUCUAAGCUUACAUAUCCGCGCUGUGGGCCCGUGGACGAUGAAUUUGAGAAGUACUUAUAACAGAGAUAACUUACAGGAUAGGAAAUUCCCUAAGUUAUAUUUGGACGGGCCAUUCGGAGAGGGUCAUCAGGACUGGUAUCGCUAUGAAGUCUCAGUAUUGGUUGGAGGAGGAAUUGGAGUCACUCCUUUUGCUUCAAUUUUGAAAGAUAUUGCUCACAAGGGAACAAUAAAGUCCACGUUUGCCUGCAAGCAGGUGUAUUUUCUAUGGGUGACUCGCACCCAGAAACACUUUGAAUGGCUGACGGACAUCAUACGCGAGGUGGAAGAGAAAGACACAACAGGAUUAGUGACCGUUCAUAUCUUUAUAACACAGUUCUACGAAAAGUUUGACCUUCGAACUACAAUGUUGUACAUAUGCGAACGUCAUUUUCAGAAGAUUUCUGGUCGUUCUCUCUUCACUGGCCUUCAAGCUAUCACUCAUUUCGGAAGACCGAACUUUAACUCAACGUUACGAAGUAUUUCUGACGUUCAUCCAGAGGUUGGUAAGAUUGGUGUGUUCAGUUGCGGACCCCCUGCAAUGACGAACAGUGUUGAGAAAACAUGUGCUGAACUGAAUAUUAAUAAUGGACCAACAUUUAUUCAUCACUUUGAAAACUUUUAAUUGUUCUUCAUCGCACGAAACUAGAUAUGCAAUGCGGCUGAUACGUGGCAUUGGAAAUCGGAAACGAAGUUAACGAACCCAAAUGAUUUUAAUUAUGCAUAAGCUAAUUUUGUACACAAUUUGUGUACAAACAAGUGUUUUUGAAAUCUCGAGACGAUUGGUUUGUCUACAAUUUGAGAAUAGACGCGUCAUGUAUUAGCUACAACGAAUGUAUAACAAAUAUUAGCGCUCAGUUUAAUCAGUAAUCCGCGUUACUCGCAAAAAUCAAAUUCCAGUUACGUUUUAUUUCUUAUAAUAGUUAUACAGCAUAGUAAGACAGUAUAGUAAUACAGACUACAGUAGCUAAAGCUAUACAGCAUAUCUUGCAUAUAUAAAUCUAUUUAACUGUAACAUACCACGUUCUUUGGUAUGCAGCGAGGCUCAGUUCCCAAGCAAUAAGCACUAAAAUAAAUAAAUAGAUAACAAAAACAAGAAAUUAGGAACAACAAUUAU